CAAAAGGAGAGUGAGGUCCGUACUGAAUACAGACGUAAAAGGAAUUUUGUGGAGCAAACAAUUUCUAAUUGACCUGCAAUAUGUUUCAAGGAUGAAUCACUGUCUAGUGAUGGCAGUGGAGGGUAGGAUUAUAAAGAGUUCCGCAUCGGUUUACCACUUAACACUUAGUAUCCUGCUGGGAUCAGUCAGUCGGGGAGGUGGGCUUGUGGUAUUGUCUACUCCUCAGUGUAGCUUCUUUUAUGUACACCAGAGGGCAGGCGCUUCUUUGGCAUGUGUGAGAGAGAACCAUGUUAGAAGCUUGACAUUCCUGAGAAAGAAGGGUGCAUUAAAAACUCACAGAAGAAAGCCUUUGGAAAGGAAAGAGUUGAUGAGAUAAAGUGCUUCAUCACUGGCAGCGGGGUCACUGGGUCUGUAGCCAUGCAAUCUCCAAUGCACAGUCAGCUUUUGUAGCUACUGGAAGCCCUGGGAGUCCUCUGAUCUGCCAUCAUCCUAGUUAGACUGUCACAACCUUAUUCUCUUCCUGUUGAUUGUAGUCCUCUGAUUGGUCUGGAAUCUUGUGCAAGUUACUUGUCAAAGUGGCAGCUCCAGCCAGCUAUCCGAUAUUUAUAUAUGGGAGCGCCCCGUGGCAGAAGUGCAGGAACUGUUGUCAGCUUGCACAUCAGCCAAAUAAGGACAUAAAUCUCAGUCCAAUCAGAACCUUGUCAGUUACCAAUUGAAUCAAGGCAUGGUGGGUUUUUUCUUUUUAAAGCAUAGUUUCAGUAAUAUAUUUACUAAAAACCUUAGACAUUAUGAAAAAAGUCAGCAUUUGGAAUCAUAUACUACUUGGCUGAAUUAACACUAAAUAUAGACCAACAGUUUCAUGCUGGGUUUUUAUGGGCCUUAUAGGAGCACCCUUGUGCUGAAGGGAAGCAAAGAAAGAACUACAGAAUUUCUAGAAAGUCUUAUUAUAGUUGCUUCUGAAUAAUUUAUUUUCCCUGGUAACCUAGCAGUCAAAGCUCACAUUUUUGGACAAUGAAUCAUUCUUCCCAGGACACCAGCUCUCGCGGCAUUCCUGAAGAUAGAAAGCUUUAUGUUGUGGAUUCCAUAAAUGACUUAAACAAGCUAAACCUCUGUCCUGCCGGAUCGCAGCAUCUGUUCCAGGAGAAAAUCCCGGACGUCGGCACUAACUCAGGAGAUGGAAACCACAGUCUGUUUUUGGUGGGGCUGAUCAUUGUGCUGGUUGUCAGCCUGGCUCUGGUUUCCUUCGUGAUAUUUCUGAUAGUUCAAACUGGCAACAAGAUGGAAGAUGUGUCAAGAAGACUAGCAGCUGAGGGAAAAGACAUAGAUGAUCUUAAGAAAAUCAACAGCAUCAUCGUAAAGCGACUCAACCAACUAGACUCAGAACAGAACUAAAGACAUGAUCGUCUAAGAGCAACCACUAACACCUGAGCUUCUUGCUGUCCUGGGAGGGUACAGGGUUAAGAACCCACCAAGGGCACUUCUGCAGGCAACAAAAGGCCAACUUCAACUACAAGGAUGGGAGCAACGCAAGGCACGGGGAGCUGGGGACAGCAGACGGCAGUGGGCUGGUUUUGUAGUAGGUCCUUCACCCUUCACCGGGUUAAGGGCGGCUGGCACGGAGGACAACCAACAUUAAACAAGGAAGGGAAUUUAGAUCUGUACGUACAGCUUCUUCUACGAAAGGAGCUUUGUCACCAGCAUAAGUUCACUGUGGCCAGUAAAGUUCAUGGCACCUCAUGUACCUUUAUAAACUCCCGUGAAUGCCUAAGGAAAUCAUUGAAUUAUUUGUGUUCCAGGGAAUCAGGUGAUAACUUUUCAAUAAAGGAGAUUCUGCU